AUGCUCCUUUCGACCCUGUUCUUCGUCCUGAGCGCCUCUCUCGCCCUCGCCGACGUCAGUCACGACGACGGCAAGACCGCGAUCUCCGACUCGCAGUCCCGCAAGGAGGACCUGCGCGACAUGUCGCUCAAGGAGAUCUGCUACCGCAACCUGUACGCCGACGUCGACGCCUUCACCGUCAAGCACUCGACCGAGGCGCUCAUCUCCGACACGCACGGCAAGGCGGUCUUCCUCUCGGACGGCAUCAAGAAGGCGUUCGACGACGUCGAGUACUACUACGAGGAGUUCUGCUACAAGAAGGUCAAGGCCCGCAAGCGCUCGGACGACGUCUCCAAGCACUCGGGCCUGCUCGUCGGCCGCCAGCUCGGCGUCCCCGUCACGCAAGGCGGCCUCUCGAGCUCGUUCGGCGACGACGUCGGCGGCGUGCCGCACUCUUCGGCCGACUCGAUCCUCGCCGACCGCAGCACUGGCCUCAACGCCGACGGCGACCAGCUUACGGCCGAUGGCAAGACCGGCGCGAGCUCGUCGCCCGUGAUCCUGCGCCUCAAGGCGCGCCAGGUCGACUCGACGCAGCUCGGCGCGGGCAAGGGCGUCGAGCGCCGCUCGCCCGGGUGGAUCGUGCGCGUGCUGCGCAUCGUGUCAGGUCAGUGGGACGGGCACGACGACGGCGACGAGGGGGCGGGCGGCGAGGGAGAGGGGUGCGAGGAGGGUCAGGAGGAGAGGGGCGUCGACGACGGGCCGCAAGGAGGCCUCCUGUUCGAGUGA